AUGGUCAACACCGACGCUCGCACAACAUCCCUGGACGGUAAGAUUACCUACCCUCAGGUCCGCCGUACCGACUUCUCCUAUGAGCAGCACGGCACCUCGGUUGCCGACCCUUACCGCUGGCUUGAGGACCCCCAUGGCAAGGAGACCGAGGCUUUUAUCGAUGCCCAGAACGAGCUCUCUGCCGAGUACAUGAACAAGUUUGACGGCAAGACCAAGUUCAACGAGCGCUUGACGGAAUUGUACAACUACGAACGCUUCUCGGCCCCCUACAAGCGUGGCGACUACUACUACUUCUCCCGCAAUACCGGUCUCCAGGCCCAGAGCGUGCUCUACCAACAGGACACCAUCGACUCCGAGCCCCGCGUCUUCCUCGACCCCAACACUCUCGAGGCCGAUGGCACUGCUGCCCUUUCAACCCAUGCGUUUUCGAAAUCGGGAUUGUUGUAUGGAUAUGCGAUUGCCAAGUCUGGAUCGGAUUGGGUGACCAUUUAUGUGAUGGAUAACAAGGGCAACAAGCUCGAGGAUGUGGUCGAGUGGGCCAAGUUUACGAAUAUUUCGUUCACCCAUGAUGACAAGGGCUUCUACUAUGGAAGCUACGAGAAGCCUGACGUCGAUGCCGAGAAGGCCGGUACCGAGACUGGCGUCAACAUCAACAAGAGAUUGUACUACCACAAGAUCGGAACCCCUCAGUCCGAGGAUGUCCUCGUCUACUUGGAUACCGAGAACCCCCUCCACUCUCCCGGCGCCGAGAUCUCGGACGAUGGCAAGUACCUCCUCUUGGGCAUCACCCGCGACUGCGAGAACGUCAACAUGCUCUACAUCGCCAACCUCGAGGAAACUGGCAGCAUCGUCCCCAAGGACCACAAGUGGACCAAGGUCGUUGAUAACUUCAAGGCCCACUACAGCUACUUGGCCAACGACGAAACUGUCUUCUACUUCACCACCAACAAGGACGCUCCUCGCGACAAGGUUGUCAAGUACGAUUUGACCAAACCCGAGGAGGGAUUCACUGACGUUGUUGCCGAGUCGGAGGAUGUGUUGAGCGGCGCGACUGUUGUCAACGGCGACUACUUGGUAUUGGACUACAUGCGCGAUGUUAAGGGAGUCCUGGUUAUCCACGACCUCAAGACUGGUGCCUUCAUCCGCCAGAUCGAGACCCCCGUCGGAACCGUCUCUGGAGUCAACGGUCGCCGCGUCGACAAGGAGUUCUUCUUCUACUUCCUCUCGUACCUGACCCCCGGAACCAUCUAUCGCUACAGCUUUGAGGUCGAGGACGAGGCCAAGCGUCUGUCGAUCUUCCGCGAGUCCCAGGUCAAGAACUUUGACAACACCCUGUUCGAGACCAAGCAGGUCUUCUACGAGAGCAAGGACGGCACCAAGAUCCCCAUGUUCAUCACUCACAAGAAGGGCCUCGUCCUCAACGGCGACAACCCUGCCUACUUGUACGGAUACGGUGGAUUCAACAUCCCUCUCCAGGCCAGCUACAGCCCCUCGUUCAUUGUCUUUGUCCAGAACCUUGGCGGUGUUGUCGCAGUCGCCAACCUUCGCGGUGGUGGAGAGUACGGAGAGGAGUGGCACAAGGCCGGCACGGUCCACAACAAGCAGAACGUCUUUGACGACUUCCAGUACGCCGCCAAGUACUUGAUCAAGGAGAACUACACGAAGGCCUCGCGUGUGGCCAUUCAUGGUGGAUCAAACGGAGGACUCCUUGUUGCUGCCUGUGUCAACCAAGCCCCCGAGCUCUUUGGAGCCGUCAUUGGAGAUGUCGGUGUUUUGGACAUGUUGCGCUUCCACAAGUUCACCAUUGGACACGCCUGGCAGUCGGACUAUGGAUUCCCCGAUGACAAGCCCGAGGACUUCCAGACCUUGCUCAAAUACUCUCCCCUUCACAACGUUCGCAAGGACAAGCCCUACCCUGCUGUUGCACUAUUCACCUCUGAUCACGAUGACCGUGUUGUGCCUUUGCACUCGUUCAAGCAUAUUGCGGAAUUGCAGCACACUGCGGGACCCUUGACCGACAGGCCACUUGUGAUCCGCAUUGAGACCAAGGCUGGCCACGGUGCUGGUAAGCCUAUCUCCAAGCGCAUCGCCGAGACGACCGACAAGAUUGCCUUUGUUGCCUAUGCUAUUGGUGCCAAGUGGAUCGAUUAG